AUGGCUAGCUCUUGCAGAAUGGUGGUUCAACACAAACUACCACUCCAGUCUGAAGAUGUCACCAUUUCAGGCAUUGUAUGGUAUCAACCCCCUCACCUGAUUUUUCAAGUAUUAGCCACAUCUUCAGUUGCUUCUGUGGAGAGUUACUUAAAGGAGAGAGACAUUAUGUUGCAGCUACUAAAGGACGAUCUAACAAAGGCACAAGCUCGUAUGAAGUUCUAUGCUGACCAGAAGAGAGUGGAUAGAAAAUUCGCAGUGGGUGACAUGGUAUUUCUUAAGCUUCAACCUUAUCGUCAGUCCUGUAUUGUUAUACGCAAGAACUUCAAGCUCUCUGCCAAGUAUUUUGGCCCCUUUGCAGUUCUGCAAAGAGUUGGAUCAGUGGCUUAUAAAUUGCAAUUGCCAGUGGGGUCUGGCAUCCACACUAUCUUCCAUGUGUCGCAGCUUAAGAAAAAAAUUGGCCUCUCAGCAUCUACUCUGCCCUUUCUGCUUGUGGUGGAUCAUAAUGGUCAUUUUGUUGUUGAACCAGUAGCUGUGUUAAACACUCGCACCACUCUCCGAGGUCAACAACCAUUGCAUCAGGUUCUAAUCCAAUGA